GUAACGUUAAUCGAUAUAUUUUUUGUUAUAAGAUUAACCCUAUACUUGACAUUGUGCACUUACAUGCACAUCGUAUUCAGUUUUUUUUUUUUAACAAAAUCUAACAUCGAAUCUUUUUAAGAAUAACUCUAAGUGACUUCGUAAACGUCUCUUUACGUAAGAAAAAGAAAUCUAUAUUUGUCUCGCUCACACAUUGUCAGUGGUGAACAAAAUGGCGAGCCGUCGGUCAGCGCCUGCGCAACGCUCUAUGACUAGAAGUCGAAAAAUUCUAGCUUUGGUGCCUAAAUGCGGAGCUAAGUCUGAUGUAGAAUCUAGCGAAUCUUCGGAAGAUGAAUUCCAGAUGUGUAGGCCUCAUCAAGAUGUCUCCGAAGACAGUUCUCCUGUCCGAUCAAUAGCGUCAUCUGUCGAAAAUGUAAAUAUCUCUGAUAGUGAUGACUGUGAGUAUCGAGAAAUAUACGCCGUUGCUUCUGUCCAUGAAGAGCCGAGAUUCGGACACAACACUACUGACUCUAUUCCAUACUCCCCUUCUAUUCUUCAACAUGAUCCUGACAUUAUACCGCCUUCACCAUCAGUUUAUAUUCCACCAUCACCAUCUAUAGACUCAAUCUGCAGUCCCGCAUCUUCAGCACCUACCGCAUCUUCAGCACCUGCUGCACCUUCAGCACCUGCUACCGCAGCUACCGUGCGUCUUCGGCGUUAUAAAAAAACUCCGGUUAUCGUAAAGAAAACAAUAUUGAAACCUAUUAAAAUGUCUGUUAAAUGGACCAGAACGAAAUUUCAAGGAUCAGCAGAUAUAGAAGAUAAUAUGUUUUUCAAUUCUACUGAUAUUGAAAAAUCGCCGCUUGAUUACUUUAACCUAUUUUUUACUGACGAUAUACUAGAACUUAUUGUAUACCAUUCUAAUUUAUAUUCGGUACAAAAGAAGGGCACUUCAAUUAAUAUAACCAAAGACGAUAUAAAAGAUUUCAUAGCUAUAAAUAUUUUAAUGGGUGUUGUAGACAUGCCGGCAUAUACUGAUUACUGGUCCAAUGACUUUAAGUACCAAAGAAUUUCCGACGUCAUGACAUUGAAGAAAUUUCAAUUAAUUCGACGAUACAUUCACUUCAAUGAUAACCUUAAAGAUGACGGUGACAGGUACUAUAAAAUAAGACCGCUUGUAGAAAAAGUUCGUCGUAACUAUGCGUCUAAUAUUCCUGAAGGAAAACGAUUCAGCAUCGACGAGAUGAUGGUGCCUUAUAAGGGUACUAGAGCUGGGAGCCGAAAACAAUAUGUACGCAAUAAACCCAAAAAAUGGGGCUUUAAGUUUUUUGUCCGUGCUUCUCCAUCUGGCCUCGUACAUGAUUUUAUUAUUUAUGGAGGAGAAGAUACUUUUAGACACCAUACUUUUUCUGAAAAAGAAAAAGGAAUGGGUCUUGGAGCCAAAGUUGUAAUAGCUUUGGCCAAAUCUAUCAAGCAAAAACCAUGCUCCGUACUUUACUUCGACAACUUUUUUACGUCAAUUGAAUUGAUGCAUCACCUAAGGAAUGAGUAUGGUAUAUUCUCCUUAGGUACAGUCAGGACAAAUCGACUUCGUGGGGCAGAAAAAAAAUUACCAUCUGAUAAGGAGUUGAAGAAAAAGGGCAGGGGAGCUUUUGCACAAGUCGUGUCUAACGAACACAAUAUCGCAGUUGUGAAGUGGUUCGACAACAAGUUUGUUGUGGCUGCAAGCACUUAUGUCGACGCUCACCCUGUACAGAAUAUAAUGCGGUACAAGAAAGAAGAAAAGAAAAAAGGUCUGGUCACGUGCCCAAAUUUAAUAAAGCACUACAACGGAAAUAUGGGUGGAGUUGAUCUAGCAGACAUGUUAGUUGCUUUAUAUCGUACUGAUUUGAAAGGCCAUCGUUGGUAUUUAGUAUUGUUUUCACAGAUUCUGGACAUCUGCGUCAAUAAUGCCUGGUUGCUGUAUCGUCACGAGAAUAGUAGUAAACCAAAACUUUUGCCACUCAAAAAGUUUCGAGUCGCUUUAUUUAGGCAACUGCGUUUUUUUGAGAGGAGUUCUGAUCUACAACCUGAUACUCUUUCCAAAUCAGUGAAAAAAAUAAAAAAACCUGUUGCGGAGAGGCCUGAUGAUGUUACUCGUUACGACCUGAUGGGACAUCUUCCUGCUUUUACGACAAAAGGCAGAUGUAGGCUAUGUACCAAACAUCAAACCAAAUUUUUUUGUUCAAAGUGUAACGCACGGCUAUGUAUAGUUGAAGGGCGAAAUUGCUUUACAGAUUUUCAUACAAAGUAGUAUUUAAGUUUUUCAUAUUGUUAUAUAGUAGAUAGAAACGUAAGUAAACUUUGAUCUCAGUAGCAUUAUUACUGAAUAUUGUGAUAAAUAAUUAUAGAAAGUUUAACUUUGUUUAAAAUUUUUUGUUAAAUUAUAUAUGUAAUAACAUCGUUACAUGCCAUACUUAUUGACCUAGUUCCUAACAGAUCUCAAAGCUUGUUGAUAAUUUUUAAGAUUUAUGUUAUUUUUAUGUUUUUGUUACUUUUUUAGUUUAGUGACUACAUGGCAGUGUGCAUGUAAAGACACAUUUUUCUUUUUCCUUUUUUUCUUGUGAACUUGACAGUGUGCACUGCAAGACACAUAAUAUAUCCUGAAAACUGAAA